AUGGCAGUUGAUUAUCCCGGGUUUGCAUAUGGAGGAGCGGUUGCUCUAGGAGGGAUAAUGGGAUAUGUUAAGAAACGUUCUAUUCCUUCCUUGGUUGCUGGAGUUGCUUUCGGGUCUCUGGCUCUUUUUGGGGCCUAUUUGGUUUCUCAGGACAAUAGAACAAGUUCCAGUAUCCUACCUGCUCUUGGUACAGUGAACCAAACUACAAGAGAAGAUUUUAUGCCCGCGGGACUGAUUGCUCUCCUCUCGCUGGGAAUGGUCGCUAGAUACAGUGUACUAAUGUACAAUGCUCCUUCACAAUCAUAA